AUGGCUUACGAAUCAUCUUCAAACAUGUUACUACUCAAAACGUUACUGUUGAAGCUUCUAUUUCUGGUUCUGAGCCAACUCCUAGUAGACCGAUUCGUACUACCAACUCUUCAAGAAGGUUUAACUGCUGUUGUCCCAAAUACCAAUCCAAUUAUCACUAGAGGAGCUCUUAACUCAACUGAGCAUGAUGCUCUAGCAAAUCUUAAAAAGAAGAUUAACCCCAGGGUUGAUUUGAGGAAAAGUACAAGAGUUAAUUCUAGUUUGGCUAUUAUAGUGGUCAUCCCUGAAGAACUUGACACUACUGAACCUGAUUAUGCUCAACUGUGUCCUCCAAUUACCAAAUUGAGGGAUUUACCUGCCAUUGAUCUUUCCACGUGUUCUCUCAAUACCCAACCAGUGAUUAAUUCUUAUGGGAGCUACAAUGUACCUGCUGACAAUUCCCCAAACAACAAUGGUUUCCGCAAUAAUUCUCUUCUCAAUGCUGCCACUUCUAGUCUCGAUUCUUCCCAAGAUGGUGAUGAUACCAGUGUUUCUCUUGGUGGUGGAUCUGACUCUACCACUCAGGAUUUGGAAAAAAAAUCUGCUAAUAAGGAACUUAGUCUACUAUGUAGGAAUGUCAACCCAUACAUCAUCUUUCUCUCUGAAACAAAAAUGAACAAAGACAUGGCUACUAGAAAGUUAAGAAAUAUGGGAUUCCCUUGUACUUUUAACAUCCCUAGUAUUGGUAGAAGUGGUGGUCUUGCUCUUGCUUGGAAGAAGGAAAUUCAUCCCAACAUUGUUUUAUCCAAUAUGAGGGGAACUGAAGAUAAAAAUGGGGGUUUAGAAGUUGAUGAUCCUGACUUUGAAAAUCUUAGAAAUUUCUGUUCUGUUUUCAAUUUGCAUGACCCUGGCUUCUCUGAACCUAGGUUUACUUGGUCCAACAUGCAACACGGUCCUGAUUUAAUUCCUGAAAGAUUAGAUAGAUGUCUCUUAAACCAAACUGCUGAAGAUCUUUGUCCUAAACUUCGUGUUAACAAUCUCCCCAGGGACUCUUCUGAUCAUUUCCCAAUGCAUAUAAGUUUUAAUUAUGAGGAUAUUUGCUCUCCAACCUAUAAGCUCAAAGAUAAACUGUUAAGUACUAAGAAAGGUCUAAGACAUUGGAAUAAGUCUUCUUUUGGUAAUAUUCAAACCAAUAUAUCCACCAUUAAGAAAGACUUGGCUGAUCCCCAACUCUUUAAACCAACUGAUACCGGUAAUACUUCUAGACUCAAAGCUAUACUUGAGUACCUUUAUAACUUAGAAGAAUUAUAUUGGAAAGAUAAAUCUAUGGAGGUUUGGUUCAUGGAAGACUAUUUCAAAAGUCUUUAUUCUUCCCAUCCUCAGCAGUUUCAGGAUGAAAUCCUUGAUGAUUUUCCUAUUAAGUUUUCUGCUGAGGAUAACACACUCUUAAUUAUGCCUCUUUCUCUAGAGGAAAUAAAGAAUGUUGUGUUUCAAAUGGGAGGAAAAAAGGCUCCUGGACCUGAUGGCUUUACAAGUAUUUUUUAUCAAAAAUACCGGGAUAUUGUGGGAGAUGCUGUUAUUGAUAUGACACAAACAUGCUUCAGGAUAGAGCAUAUUGCUAAAGUCUUUAACCAUACCAAUAUUGCUAUUAUCCCCAAAGUCCCUCUUGCUGAACUUGUUACUCAAUACAGACCAAUAGGGCUCUGUAAUUUUAUUUACAAAAUUCUUUCAAAAAAUCUGGCUAAUAGACUCGAACCUUUUAUGAAUAAUAUUAUUUCCCAAAAUAAAAUUGCCUUUAUUCCUAAGAGGAGUAUUUCUGAUAAUAUUUUGUUAGCCAAUGAGGCCAUAUAUGCUGUCAAUCAUAAUGACAAAGUUGAAGGCAUAGUUGCCGUCAAACUUUAUAUGUCCAAGGAUUAUGACAAGCUUGAAUGUGAUUUCCUAGAAAAGGUCUUAACUAAAAUGGGUCUGUAUAACCACUGGGUUAAACUCAUAAAUCAGUGUGUUUCUAUUGUAUCACACUCUAUCAUUCUUAAUGGUAUCCCAACUUGUUUUUUCCAACCUGAAAGAGGGCUUAUACAGGGUGAUCCCCUUUCUCCCUAUCUUUAUAUCAUUUGCUCUGAAGCUCUAUCUUCUUACAUUGAUAGUCUUCAAAAGAAGGUUAUUCUAGAAGGCAUCAAAGUUUGUAAAGAUCCCCCUGAAAUGACUUGCUGA